AUGAAUACUCUUGACAUGACAUUUGAAUUUCUUGUCAUCACAAAGCCAGAUAAGGGACGUGGAGUUGUUAUCCUAAACAGAGAUGACUAUUUUAGUAAACUAAACACGAUACUUAGUGAUUCCUCCAAAUUUAAACCAAUCAUGUCUGACACUGCCACUCAUCUACUGAAAUUAGAAGAUAAACUAAACAGACUCUUACGCUCGAUAAGAACAUCUAUCGGAGAAAUGACCUAUAACCUCCUGACUAUAUCUGGCUCAAAACCUGGUCGCUUAUAUGGCCUUCCUAAAAUUCAUAAAAUUGUUCAGCCUCUACGCCCCAUCAUCUCUGCCAUUGGUACUUUCAAUUACAAUGUUGCAAAAUUCUUAGUUCAAAUAAUAACCCCUCUAACCACCAAUGAAUAUACCAUAGAAAACUCCUUCUCUUUCAUCAAAGAAAUUAGUGACUUUAAACCACUACGGCCUGUCACAAUGGCCAGUUUUGACAUAGAGUCGUUAUUCACUAAUGUUCCCCUCAAUGAAACCACUGACAUAAUUUUAAACAAAACAACCUCCUCACUCUUAAACUCGUAUGGCCUGAACAAGACGACAUACAGGAAAUUAUUGGACAUAGCCGCACACAACUUCAAUGGCUCUAUUUAUACACAGGUAGACGGUGUAGCAAUGGGAUCACCACUUGGCCCUUGUUAUGCCAAUACUUUCCUUUGCCAUCAUGAACAAACAUGGAUGAAUGACUGCCCUGCUAAUUUCAAACCUAUUUUAUAUCGCCGUUAUAUGGAUGAUACUUUUUUACUCUUUGACGACCCCUCUCACAUUAAUCCUUUCCUCUCAUACUUGAACUCACAACACCCCAAUAUAAAAUUCACUUGUGAGACUGAACAAAAUAACAAACUAUCAUUUCUUGACACUUCCAUAACUUUUCAUAACAAUUGUUUCUACACCAGUACCUACAGGAAACCCACAUUUACUGGCCUUGGGCUUCAUUACCUCAGCUACAUUCCUCACAUUUACAAGUUAAAUAGCCUCACAACACUAAUCAACCGAGCUUAUAACAUUUGUUCAACUUGGGCUAGUUUCCAUGACGAAGCUUCAUUCUUAAAUAAAUAUUUUACUACAAAUGGGUAUCCAUCUUACCUAUUUUAUAAAGCCCUACGCUAA